AUGGGUGCCAGCGAGUCAAAGCCGUCCUCCAGCACGCCUCCACACUUGUGGAAGGCCAGCUCGCCCAGCGGCAUCUCCCACGACCUCGUCGAGUCCCUGCAGACCAGCCAUGAGACUGAUGCAUCCCGCACGCAACUCACCGAGAUCCAAAUUCAGCGCCGCGUCGCCGAGGAGCUGAAGCGCCUGCAGGCCAAGGAGUCAGAGGCCCUCCGCCUCGCCCACGACAAGAUCGCUACCGAGGACAAGCCCGCGCCCGAGGGCCAGCGCAGCCACGAGAGCGUCAAGAAGGAGGUUGAGGCCCUGCGCGCAAAGCUCGCCGAGCGCAAAAAGGUGCGCGAUUUGCCCGAGGCGGUUGAGACGGCGCGCGGCAACGUCGUGCGGUGUCUGCGGGAUAAUGACCGCCGGCCGCUCGAUUGCUGGCAGGAGGUCGAGGCUUUCAAGGAGGAGGUGAAGCGGUUAGAGAAGGGGUGGGUUGAGAAGAUUGUCUCGUGA